AUGGCUUCUCGCAAGCGCUCAUCGGAUGAGCAAACUCUUGGGAGUGGGACCGGUCUCCAGUCUAAGAAGGCCAAAGUUGGCUCGGAGGAGACAGGCACCUCGAAGGUGGAUACGAAUGGUGAUAAAUACUGGGAAAUCUCCAAAAUGCGACGAGUGAUCGUCUCCUCAUUUCGCGGCAAGCCCAUGGUCAGUGUGCGUGAGUACUACGAAAAGGAUGGCCAGGAGCUUCCGGGCAAGAAGGGGAUCUCCAUGCCCAUUGCCCAAUUCGCUGCCCUGGUCAAGAUCCUCCCUGAUAUCGAGGAAGCUCUCAAGGGACAUGGCGAGUCGUUGCCCAGACCGAUGUACUCGGAGGAUGGAGCCCAAUCUGAUGAAGAUCAAGACAAGAGAAGCAAAGGCGCCAGUCCUUCCAAGCAGAAUAUUGAGGCUACUAGUGAGGAGGACAGUGAGGCAUAA